AUGGGUGCUUCCGACGAAGACACUGUCAGCUACUCCGGAAAUAUCCCCGAAGCCUACGCCCCGCCUACAGGUGUGGAGCUGUUCUCUAAGAAGUGGUGGGUUGAGAUCACUACCAAGGACGAUUUCUGGUUCGACUUAGCCUACAAGGUGCCGAAGGCGGUACUGAAGAGACGUAUCAAGCAGAAUAUCGUAGUCGAUGUCGACAUUCGAACACGAGCUCGGAAGAAAGAGGAAGAGCGCCUUGCACGCGAGAGACAACGUGCUCAAGCUUUGAAGGGAGCCAGAUCGUCCAGGGAGCAGGAUGAACCAGCAUCACCCGGCCAAAACAGCCAUACCGAGGCCUCUGGAAGCGUUGUGGCUACUGGUAACUCUGCCUCCCUGCAAUCGAUGGAGCCAACAAUCAGCCGGGAAGGUAUGGAAGAGGUCUCACACCAUGGUGUUGUGAAGUUCGAAUGUCUGAAGUGUGGCUACUUCUUCCUCAGAGCAGAGAUGAGUUCCGUCCCCCCCAAAGGUUUAAUCUGCAAGGACUGCGUUGAGACCAACGCUAUCAAGAGGGAGGAGAUGCCGCUUUGGAAGAGUGAAGUCCGUGCCGAGGAAGGCUCAAGUCAAGCUACGACAUCGAGUCCGUCAGUAUUAAUGGGAGUAGGGGCCGAAAAGCCCAUCAGCGAGGGCGAUAUGGAGGGUGCAAAACAACACCGUGCAAGAAGACUGGAAGAGGGGCCCGACGGAUCCGUACCGAAGAGGAUCAAAAUCGAAGUUGUCGACAACCAGUGA